AUGGGCUUGAAGCAGGAACCCGAUAUGCUGGAGAAGCCACCGGCGGCCAAAGCCUCAUGGCUGGCCAGAGCCAGGAACCGCUUCAGGAAAGGAGGGAAACUCCAACCGUUCAGGUUAUUAAGGGAGGAUAUACACAAUCUCCGCCAAAGAUAUGUUUCGGAUUGGACAGUAUUCAACCAGCUGGUUCUCGCCAGUGCCGUCUAUGUCUUCUUCACCAACCUCCUCCCCGGCAUCACUUUCGCCAACGAUCUCUUUGUUCUCACCGGAGAAUCAUGGGGCACCAUCGAAGUUGUCUUUAGCACUGGCCUUUGCGGUCUCAUCUUCUCCCUCUUCUCUGCACAACCUUUGACGAUCCUAGGUGUCACUGGUCCCUUUUCCGUUCUGGCAGAGAACAUGUACAAGUUAUGUACCGAGAACUUUCAUGUCCCCUUCCUCCCCGUCAUGGCCUGGUCUCUCAUCCACUCGGCCUGGAUGCACUACCUCCUCGCCAUCUUCAACGCCCACGACUACACCAUGCAAUACGUGACCAACUUCAGCGCCGACAUCUUCUCCCUGCUCAACUCAGUCAUCUACUUCCACAAAGCCAGCCUGGAACUCAAGCGCAACCACGAGAAUGUCCCCUUCGACGCCUUCCUCUACUCCACCAUCGGCGCCUUCGGCACCUGUCUCCUCGCCAUCUUCUUAGCCACCGCCCUCUCAUGGAAACCACUUUUUGGCAAAAUCAUUCGCAUGGGCCUAGCCGAGUACGCGGCCGCCAUUUCCAUCAUCUUCUUCAUCGGCGUCCCCUACAUGGGCGAGCUCGCCAACCUCGAGCACGAGCGUCUUACUAUCCAAAAAAAGUUCCGACCCACGUCCCCCAACCGCGACACGUUUUUCGUCAAGUUCUGGGAGGUCCCGCUGGAGUGGGUGUUCAUCUCUAUCAUCCCGGGGGCCAUCAUCACGGUGCUGUUCUACUUUGACCACGAGAUCAGCAGUAUCAUCUGCACAGUUGAGCGCUACGGCGUGCGCAAGAAGGGCGGGUACGCAUGGGAUAUCGUCUUGCUCGGCACGACGACUGCGCUGUGUGGGAUUCUGGGGAUCCCGCCUGCGAACGGGUUGUUACCGCAGGCGCCGUUGCAUUCAGAAUCUUUGCGUCACUGGGUGGAAGUUGACGCUGAUGAUUCUGAUUCCGACUCUUUACCCUUGACCUCAACUCCCCUUACCACUCACUCCUCACCUACACUAUCUUCAUCCUCCACCUCCUCCUCAUCAACAACCCUCUCAUCCCCCUCCCUCACCACCGCCACCCCAGCACCCCCCGCAAAACAAAAAAAACUAAUCCCCCGCGUCCACGAACAGCGUUACUCACCCUUCCUCCAAUCUGCCCUCAUCCUCCUCUUCAUCUCCCCCCCCUUCCAGCACCUGCUAGGCUUCACACCCACCUCCGUCCUCGCGGGACUAUUCAUGUACAUGGGCUACCAAUCCCUCUCCGUGAACCCGAUCCUGCCUCGCUUUUUCGAGCUUUUAUCCCCUCCCUCUGAACUCCCGCCCUUACCUUCACCGACUAGACCCGGACAGAAGCCGAUAAACAGGUGGGCAAUCCACGGGUAUACCCUCACGCAAAUCGUGCUUACGGGGAUAAUCUUUUAUGUCACACUCACCGUCGCGGCGCCGGGGUUUCCGGUAAUUAUUAUUAUACUGGUGCCGGUGAGAUUGUGGAUUAUGAGUAGGAUUUGGGGAAGGGAGACGUUGAGGUUCGUGGAUGGGUGGGCUUGUAGGCCGGGGAAGCCGGAGGAUACAGAGGAGGAGAAAGCGGCGAGGCGGGAAGCGGAGGAGGGGGGUGCGAUUUUGGAAGGUGCUGGUGGUGAUGGGGUUGUUAGUGAGAGUGAGAGAGUGGGAGAUGCUCGGGAGGUUGAUGUUGAUGGGGAUGUUGAUGUGGAGAGGGGAUUGGUGAGGUCAUCGUCGGGGGUUAAGAAUGGGGGUGGUGGCGUGAGGGAGAAGCAGAGUUGA